CAUCACCGCCGUUCCCCGCUACAUCUCUCCCUUGCUCCAAGACCGCUCCUGCACUCGCUUUGGGCCAGAACUUCUGUCUCUCUACUUUCCAAAUACCGUAAAUCAGCUACAGUAUUCAAGAUGGGGUUGGAGGCGACUAUGAUAGUGGUCGACAACAGCGAGAGCAGCAGAAACGGAGAUUAUGUUCCCUCACGAUUUGCGGCGCAAGAGGACGCCGUCAACCUCAUCUUCUCCGCAAAGAUCCAGGCGAACCCGGAAUCAUCGGUCGGCCUGAUGAGCAUGGGCGGUAGCGGCCCCGAGGUCCUCACGACCCUGACCACGGAUAUGGGCAAGAUACUGGAUGGCCUGCACCGCACGAAGAUAAGAGGAUCUCCGCACUUCUCGACCGGCAUCAACAUUGCUGCGCUAGCACUCAAGCACCGCCAGAACAAGUCCCAACGCCAGCGCAUCAUCGUCUUCACCUGCAGCACCCUCGAGGAAGACUCCAAGGCGCUGGUCAAGCUGGCCAAGCGCAUGAAGAAGAACAACAUCAACGUCGACAUCAUUGCUUUCGGAGACCUGGGCGACGACAACAUUGCCAAACUCGAGUCCUUCAACGAGAACGUCAAGGGCGGCGACGGCUCCCACCUCGCCAUCAUCCCACCCUCAUCCAACCUACUCAGUGAUGCCAUCGUCACCACGCCGAUAAUAGGCGGAGAGGCCAGCUCCGGCAGUGCCGGUGGCGCGGGCGCGGGCGCUGGUGGUGACACCGGCACCAACGACUUCGAGUUCGGUGUUGAUCCCAGCAUGGAUCCGGAGCUCGCGCUGGCUCUGCGCAUGAGUUACGAAGAGGAGAAGGCAAGGCAGGAGCGCGAGAAGAAGGUGCAGGAAGCGAAGGACGGCAAGUCGGAGCUGGAGGGCAUUGCCGAGGAGGGCGGCGACGAGAAGCAGCCGCUGCUGGACAAGAACGGCGAAGCGAGUGGCUCUGGCUCUGGAAGCGGCUCCGCCAACAAGGAGAACGACAAGAAAGACAAGGACGACGGUGACCGGAUGGACACGGCAUGAUUUUCUGCGGACAUGUGCAUGGAGUAGGCUCGGGUUACAUUAGAUUCACACGCUGGCUUUGGGCGUGUUGGAAGUUGUUAUGACCCUUUGCAGGCAUAAUUCAUUGAAGAAGGCAUAGCUAAGCCUUCAUUUAUCG